AUGGACUCCAUCUCCAUGAUGGGUAGCAGCAGCCCCGUCUUCAUCACGGCUCCCUCCUCCUCUUCAUCCUCCUCCCACCACCUCCACCACGCCCAGGCCUCCUUCCUCCCCAACGGCCUAAAGAAUGGCGUUCAGGUUGGAGAUAUGGGGCUCCUAGGGAGGAGCGUGAGCGGCCCUGCCCAGCCCACGGUGGCCAUCCUGGGCUCGGGCGACUUCUCCAAGUGCCUGACCAUCCGGCUGCUGCGCUGCGGCUUUCAUGUGGUGGUGGGCAGCCGGCAGCCCAAACUGGCGGCCCAGUCCUUCCCGCAUGUGGUGGAUGUGACGCACCAUGAGGAUGCGGUGGGGAAGGCCAGCAUCGUGUUCUUGGCCAUCCGCCGUGAACACUACCCAGUCCUGUGGGACCUCAAGCAUCUGCUGGAAGGGAAAAUCCUGGUGGACGUGAGUAACAACAGGAGAGUAAACCAGUACCCAGAGUCCAACGCUGAGUACCUGGCUUCGCUGCUGCCAGACUCCAUAGUGGUGAAAGGCUUCAACGUCAUCUCAGCCUGGACCAUGCAGCAGUCCUGCCCGAAAGAUGCCAGCACACAGGUGUUCAUCUGCAGUAACUCAGUGGAAGCCCGUCAGCAGAUUAUGGAACUGGCUCGCCAACUCAACUUCCAGCCAGUGGAUAUGGGCGCCCUAUCCUCAUCGCGGGACAUCGAAAAUAUGCCCAUACGUUUGUUUCCUGCCUGGAGGGGUCCCGUCCUGGCUGCCGUGGCCCUCUCCAUUUUCUUUUUUGCUUACUCCUUUGUCCGGGAUAUCAUCCACCCGUAUGUGAAGCACAGGCAGAGCGACUUCUACAAGAUCCCCAUGGAAAUGGUCAAUCGGACGCUUCCCACUGUUGCUAUCACGCUGCUGGCCUUGGUAUACCUGGCAGGCCAGCUAGCGGCGGCCCACCAGCUUUACUAUGGAACCAAGUACAGACGUUUCCCUCCCUGGCUGGAGGGCUGGCUGCAGAGCCGGAAGCAGCUCGGCCUCCUCAGCUUCUUCUUGGCUGCUGUCCACGUCCUCUACAGCCUCUGUCUGCCCAUGAGGAGGUCUGAGAGGUACCUGCUCCUCAACAUGGCCUACCAACAGGUUCAUGCUAACGUGGAGAAUUCAUGGAACGAGGAGGAGGUGUGGCGGGUGGAGAUGUAUGUCUCCUUUGGGAUCAUGAGUCUGGGGCUCCUCUCACUGCUGGCAGUCACCUCCAUCCCAUCUGUCCACAGUGCCCUCAACUGGAGGGAGUUCAGCUUCAUACAGUCCACGCUGGGCUACAUCGCCCUGCUCAUCGCUACCUUCCACGGCCUGCUGUUUGGCUGGAAGCGAGCAUUUGAGGAAGAGGCCUACCGCUUCUACUUACCGCCCAGCUUCGCCGUGGCCCUGGCCCUGCCGGUGUGCGUCAUACUGGGUAAGGUGUUGCUGCUGCUCCCCUGCGUGGCCCGCAAGCUGCACAGGAUCCGCCGGGGCUUCGACAGCAGUCGCUACCGAUGCCAGCGUCUGGAGGCGGUGGGCUCGGCUGCCCACGUCUCACCAGAGCGAGUCACCAUCAUGUGAUAGCUGGAGGAUGAAACAGUCUGUUACUUUAUUUGAAUUUGCACAUAAGCUACUGUAGUUACUUGUUUUGUUUUAUACAAAUGACCAACAUUUUGACAUGCAGCUGCAUAUUAUUCUUAUUUUAUACCAAUAGGAACAUUAUUUCUCAGACAUAGUUGUUAUAGCUAGUCAGAUCACCUUGUGUGUCUGUUAUUGUUCAGUUGUGUGUCCAUUUGGUCUGAAAGCCUUGACUCUUAAUAACAUUGCAUAAUUGCAUAAUUGAUUAUCCCCUGUCAGUAUCUUGCCAAAAAGUAUGUUUCCAAUACUUUACCAAUACUUUGCCUUUGUACUGCCAGUGAUUACCCUGAGAUACUGAUAGUUUGUCAUUGUUAGUAUUGUUAUUGAUUAUUUAUGGCUGCAAUAAUUUCCGUGGUACCUUCUGUGUCACAGUUCUCAAACUUGCAAACAAAAUGCCACUGGAAUGGACAAGUACUCAUCUGGUUGGAGCAUUAUUAGGGCUUUAAAUGUGCCAGUGGUUGGUGUCUGCUGGUACUGAGCUCCACUCAGUCACUGGUGGCUACAACACACUCCAAACUGCUGUGAGAGACAGGAAUUUAAGUGUUGAUUCUGCAAACUGUGGCGAUAUGUUGUUGUUAUUUGUUUCUCUGUCUAAUACUAUACUAAAUGGUGUCUCUCUAUCAUGUGCUCAAAUAAAUGAGACCCAUAGCUUUGAUUAACAUUUUAACAACCUAGCCUUUUGUUGUUCCAGAUGGUUAUUUUUCCAGCAGUCUUGUUUGUGAAAGCUUGUUGAGUGCAGUUCUCACAGCCAACCGACAGCACAGCCGGCGGACGCGGCUGCUGAUGUUGCGUUGUGAAACAGCACAGCAUCAAAAGUUAAUGACAGCAAACCAGUCUCCUGACCUCAUUCUAUAGAAGUAAUGAUAUAAGCCCUUUGUGUGUAACGAUAUAGGUACCUUAUACAUCAGCAUUGUAGGGUGUUGAGGUUUUACUGUAAUUUAAUGAUUCUUGUUUGCAGUGCUGAACUGUGGGAAUUACACACUGUGUAUUAAGAUGCGUAUGUGCAUAAAUAUAUUCUAUGUGUACUUUUUCUAUAUUAAUACACACAGUGGAAUAAAUUGACUGAGGGCCAAAGCCCGAAUAUUUGGUUUUCUUGCGAUAGCCACUUCUGCUUGUCUGUGAGCCCGAGAAAGUCUAUUAGGGUGAGUCACAUAAUCAAACAAUAUUAUAGUUUGGUAAAAAAAAAAAAAAAAAAAAAAAAAGACAUUUUUUUUUUUUAAAUAAAUCAAGUCUGUCUGUUGAGCAGGACCUAAUUAAUAAAAGGAAGGAAAAGUAUCAUUGUGACAAUUUGAAUUAGGUGUAAGAAUUCCCAUUUUAGCUGUGAUAUUUCACACAUUCCACAAACCUCUUCUCAUUUGCCACUGAAUAUAAAUAACAUCACACAACGGGAGACUAUAUUUCUGUCCUUUUGAUAAAGCUCCAUGUGUUAAUGGUAAGAUUGAGGAAUUAUUGAAUUUUGCCUUAAGGUUUAUUAUUGCAAUGUAGUUGUUUCAGAACUGAAUGAAGAAAUGCAACAAAGUCAGCUGUAAAUAUUCCAAAUUUUGCUCUAACAAGUUAAAAGGGAUUAUAGUUGCAAUACUUGAAAGGAAAAGGA